AUGAGUCUGCAGAUUUUUAGUGCAGAAAAUGGGGAAAACGCAGGAAACAUUGAUGAUGAUCUAACGGCGGAAGACUGUGGCUUUUUCUUUGCACCACCGGAACCUACAGGGAGACCUUCCAUUCUACGCCUGUCCCAGAAAGAAAACUUGCCACCAAGAAGUGUGGCAAAAGCUAUGAAGGUAACCUUUCAAACUCCUCUAAGAGAUCCUCAAACUCGAAAAAUCUUAAGUCCUACCAUGACUGAUAAACUUGAGGCUACUUUCAUGCUUGAUGAUUGCAGCGAAACCUUGGUGGAUGAUCUUUUAUCUGCACCUGUCAAUGUUGACACAUUUCAACAAAACACUGAAGCUGAAGGAAACAAUACAGUGAUAAAUACACAAAUGCCAGAGAAGGUCAGCACAGCUCCUUACCCAGAUGAUGAGAUGCCAGUGAAGAGUCGAGGUUCUUACAAUCUUGAUUUUGAUAACUUAAAUGACAUCAAUCCUUUUCAAAGUUCAGCACAGUUGCAGCAUUCUCCUGGAAGUCUGCAAAGGUCUCCUGUAAAAGUAUCUAGCAGCCCUGAGGGAACUUCUGAAAACAGUCAUGAUUCUCCUCUGCUGGAUGAUACAGCUCCUUUUGCUUCAACCACAGCAAGUGCAGAACGCUCAAGUGAGGAGAAGGCUCUCUUCUCUGGAAAAGAAUCUAUAUUGAGAGAGCUGGAGUCUAACAAAUCCAAGCUGUCCCCUGAGCAAGCAAUCAGUGACUCUGUGCAGGAUGUGAAGUCUGCUUCCACAGAUGUGAGCCAAAUUGAUAAAUCUGGCAACUUAGGUCCCAGUAGUUCUGAUGUAAUUAACUCUUCUAAAACUGGGGAAUCAAAGCUUCAGAAUGUUUCAGUAGCAGAAGCAUCCUCUGCAGAAGAGCUGGCUAUCUCCAAAGGGGAACCUGCAGAAAAGCCUGGUGUCACCAAGGCUGGGCCAGUAAAACUGGAAUUUGACUUUGAUGAUACCACUACUAGAAAGCCACCUCCUAAGAAAUUAGGUAAAAGACCUGGAAUUAAGCCACCUUCCAAAAAAAUUCCUAUUACCAAAACAAAACCAGAGAAUUCUGAAGUGCAAAACAAAAGUAAUGUGGAAGAUCAAAUCCCUGUUCCCAAGGCAUCUUAUAAGUUUGACUGGGACAAACUUGAUGAUCCAAACUUUAAUCCAUUUGGAGGAGGCUCUAAAAUUUCCAGCUCACCCAAAUGCUCUAAGCCUAGCCCUCAGAAAGCUCACCUGCAUGAGGAGCAGGAUAGUACCUCAUCAAGAAAGGAGCCUCUUCCAGUGGAGAAAGAUGAUGGACCAAGUACCUGUGAAACUCUUGAGAAAAAAGAACCCAAAAAGCUGGAAAUAGGCAAACAGGGUGUGGUAGGAGAUAAGCUGAGAACUCGAGGAGACAAGCUGGGAGUUCAAGGAGAAGCUGAACUUCCAGGAGAGAUAGCCAUGGAGAAGCAAAUGAGCCCAUCUAAAAUGUCUCCAGCUAAUGUCCUUUCUCAAGAUAAUUUGGUUUCUGCUGACAGUGGAAAAAAGUCAAUGUCUGCAGAAGAAAUUAAACCUAGUUCCCACAGAACUGAAGUAACAGCGGAUGAGCAAACAGCUAACACGGAGCCUGAAGAGUUCUUCAGACCAUCCUCAGAAGUUCUAGGAAUGGGCAUAGAAAUAGACUAUCUGGAACAGUUUGGGGCUUCAUCAUUCAAAGAGUCUGCCUGGAGGAAACAGUCUCUGUAUUUGAAGUUUGACCCGCUGUUGAGAGACAGUCCGCGAAAACCAGUUUCUGGCAAUACUGAAACAAAUAUGAGUAUCAUGACAGCUCCACUUCAGUGUGGUCCCGUUGCUGAUUUAACUAAAUUGCUUCCGGAAGCUGAAAAGCCUGCAGUGAGUCUUCAAAAUGAAGAAAAACCAAAAGGACUAGAUCUUCUGGGAACGUUUACGACUUCUGACCCAGAUCCCCUAAUUCCAGACUCCCUGACUAGUGGUGUUCCUCCACUCCCUCUUGCUGCUUCCACAAACACUGCAGUGGAUGCUAUUGUAGAUGUGCUAAAAUAUAGCCAAAAAGACAUGGAUGCAGCUGUUGAGCUGGUUAGGAGAGAGGUUCAGGAGAAACAGUUGGAGACACAGGAAUGGAAAAAGAAGUAUGAUAAGCUUCAUAUGGAAUACAAGGAAAUGGGAAAAAUAGUUGCUGAGUUUGAAGGUACAAUAACACAAAUGAUGGAGGAUGCUCAGAAGCAGAAGGAGUGUUCAAAGAAAGAAAUGCAGAGGAUUGUGGAAGAGAAGCAACAAGUUAUUUCAGAUCUGAACUCUAUGGAGAAAUCUUUCUCUGAACUUUUCAAACGAUUUGAAAAACAAAAAGAAGUGCUAGAGGGUUACCGCAAGAAUGAAGAUGCUCUGAAAAAAUGUGCUGAAGAAUACCUGGCUAGAAUUAAAAAAGAGGAGCAGAGGUAUCAAGCACUAAAGGCACAUGCUGAAGAAAAGCUGCAUCAAGCAAAUGAGGAAAUUGCCCAGGUACGAAGCAAAGCUAAAUCAGAGACUGCAGCACUACAAGCUAGUCUUCGCAAAGAACAAAUGAGGAUCCAGUCUUUAGAGAGGAGCCUUGAACAAAAGGUUAGUCAGAAUGCCACGGGUGAGUCUCUUCAAGCUAUUGCCUUAGACUGGGUCAAGAACUACCUUGUACCAGUGCUGGAAAUGGCUGUGCUAACUGUGCUGGCUUUGGCUGCUGUCCUAGCAGUCUUUGGGAAACAGACAUUUGAAGCUUGA